AUGUCUAAAAAAAAGGGAUGUGUACCGCAAAAGAGUGUUCUCUUGGGAAGGAUAGGGACAAAUCUCAAAUGUGGUGUAGUAGGUCUACCUAAUGUUGGAAAGUCCACGUUCUUCAACAUUCUCACGAAAAGCCAAGUCCCAGCCGAGAACUUCCCAUUCUGCACUAUAAAUCCAAAUGAAAGUCGUGUUUCGGUCCCUGAUGAGAGAUUCGAAUGGCUCUGUGAACACCACCAGCCUGUGAGCCGAGUUCCUGCGUAUUUAAAUGUCGUGGAUAUUGCUGGUCUAGUUAAAGGAGCCCACGAAGGUCAGGGGCUUGGAAAUGCGUUUCUUUCACAUAUUCGAAGUGUUGACGCAAUUUACCAUAUGUUAAGAUUGUUCGAAAAUGAAGACAUCACUCAUAUUGAAGGUGAUAUUAAUCCAGUGCGUGAUUUGGAUAUUAUUGAUGAAGAAUUACGCCUAAAAGAUGUUGAAUAUGUUACCAAAGAAUGUGAAAAGUGUGAGAAAGUAGUUGUUCGUGGUGGUGAUAAAAAGCAGAUGCCGGUGUAUGAAUGCUUGACAAAAGUUAAAAAUAUGCUGGUCAAUGAUAAGCGGAGUGUUCGUUUCGGUGACUGGAAUGUGUCUGAAGUCGAGAUACUUAACGAACAUCUGUUUAUCACAGCCAAACCCGUGAUCUACUUGGUGAACAUGUCAGAGAAGGCAUUUUUGAAAAAGAAAAGCAAAUGGCUGCCGAAAAUUAAAGAAUGGGUUGAUGAACAUGAUCCCGGUGCUACUAUUAUUCCUUUCUCCGCCGACCUUGAGCAAAAAAUUAGCGAAAUGUCUCCGGAAGAAGCUAACAAAUACAUGAAAGAUAAUGAAUUCACCAGCAUGCUGCCAAAAAUUAUUCGGGUCGGUUACCAAACAUUACAGUUACAGUAUUUCUUCACAUGUGGUCCAGAUGAGGUCAAAGCUUGGACAAUACAGAAAGGUACAAAAGCUCCUCAAGCUGCUGGCCGAAUACACACAGACAUGGAACGUGGCUUCAUAAUGGCUGAAGUUAUGUCCUAUGAGGAUUUCAGAACAGAAGGUUCAGAAGCUGCUGUUAAGGCUGCUGGGAAAUAUAAACAGAAAGGAAGAGACUAUAUUGUUGAAGAUGGUGAUAUCAUUCUGUUCAAAUUUAAUGCUGGUGCUGGGUUACAAGCAAAGAAAAAAUGA